UGGGGGGAGUGCCUUGGCUCCUCAAAUGGCCUGUGCUGCAGGAGUCUGACCUACGUCAACUACAACAUACCACGCCCACUCAGCUGUUUCCUUAACUGUCCGGAGGUAAAAGUUGUUAUUGCGCUCUACAAUAACUUACAUACUUCUUUUCAACAAACCAAAACUUCUUCAGACGGUAUUACUCGUUUUUUCCCCGGCCAAAACCUCAGGUGUCAAGUAUGUCGCUGUCAGACCAGAGCCAACAGUGGUAUCCAACCAGUGUACAGGUAACGGUGCUUCAGGCACGAAGCCUUCGGAUAAAGGGGAAAAAUGGCACUAACGAUGCGUACGCCAUCAUGCAAGUGGCCAAGGAUAAGUUUUCUACAUCAGUGGCAGAGAAGAGCGUGGCACCGGUGUGGAAAGAGGAGGCCACAUUCGAGCUGCCGCUGUUCCACAACGGUAACACGGACAACUGUACUUUGCAUGUGAACGUAAUGCACCGGGCUCUCAUGGGACCUGACAAGCUGCUUGGACGAGCAGACAUCAACCUGUGGGAGCUCAGCGAGCUUAAAUCCCGCAAUAAGACUGAAUGGUACACGCUGCUUGAUAAGACAGGCAAGCAAGACAAAGACAGAGGAGAGGUGUUGGUUGACAUCCAGUUCAUGAAGAAUAACAUGACAGCCAGCAUGUUUGACCUCUCUGCUACAGACAAGCCGCGCUCCCGUCUGGGCAAGUUCAAGGACAAGGUGCGAGGAAAGAAGAAGGAGGGUCUGUCCGACUCUGCAUCUGCCGUUGUGCCGUCCUUCAACCAGGUUCUGACGGAGAGUGAUGGGGAAGGAGAUGUGCAAGGAGAGGAUGGUGCAGAAAAAGACAAGAAGAAGAAGAAAAACAAGCUGAAGUCACUGUUCUCUCCGAAAUCUAACCUGCAGCGCCAGGGACUGUCUCAGUCUAUGUCUGUACUGGGCCCUCUGCCAGAGAAGAACACCUCCCUGACUGACAGCCACUCCUCAGGCCUCAAUAUAGACUCCUCUGAAGGGAAAAAGAAGUUCAAGUUUCUGACUCAGAAGCGCACAGAAAGCUCAGACAGCAAGGCUUCUCAGGGCUCCUUAUCCCUUGGGCGCACUAAGAUUCCUGCCCCAGUUGAGCCGAGUAACCUGUGCAUCAAUGGCAGUCAUGUGUACACAGAGGAACCGCGGCCCCGAAGCUCAGGAACCGGCUCAACCUUUAGCCUGGCCAGCUCUGGACAUGACUCCAUGGAAGACCUGCACAGCCCUGACAGCAGGGCAGUGGAACAAUAUGAUGAGGAGACUGUUUGGAUGGAUGAGGAGAGGAGGAGAAAGGGAGAGCUGGAGAGGAAUUCAUUGGAGGAGGAGAGGAUGAGGAAAGAGGAACAAGAGAAAAAGAGGGCUAGCCAGGAGGAGGAAAGAUUGAGGUUUGAGGAGGAAGAGAGAAGGCUAAAGGAGGAAGAGAGGAUGCGGAUUAAGUUGGAGGAGAGCAUAAGAAAGGAGGAACAGGAGAAGAGAAAGAAGGUGGAGGAGGAAAAGAUUAGGCUUGUGGAGGAAAGGAAAAUGAUGGAGGAAAAAGAAAGGAUGAGAAGACAAGAGGAAGAAGAGGAGAGGCUUAGGAAGGAAGAUCAGGAAAGGAGGAGUUUAGAGGAAAAAAGGAGGGAAAUAGAGGAACAGGAAAGGAGGGAAGAAGAGGAGCAGAUGAGGAGAGAGGAGCAUGAAAGAAUGAAAAGGGAGGAUAGAUUGAGAAGGGAGGAGGAGGAGGAGAGGAACAUUAGGGGGGAGGAGGAAAGACUGCAGAGGGAGAAAGAGGAAAGGAUUAGGGAGGAGAAUGAAAGAAUACGUAAAGAAGAAGAAAAGGAUUUGCUAAGAAGGGAGGAAGAGCAUAGGAAGAUGCAGGAGGAAGAGGAGAGGGGAAGAAAGGAGGAAGAACGAUUGAAUAGAGAAAAGGAAGAAGAGAGGAAGAGAGAGAAGGAUAGGCUAAGGAAUGAAGAGAAAAAGAUUAGGGAGGAGGAAGAGAGAGUGAGGAAGGCUGAGGAGGAAGAGAGAGUGAGGAAGGCUGAGGAGGAAGAGAGAGUGAGGAAGGCUGAGGAGGAAGAGAGAGUGAGGAAGGCUGAGGAGGAAGAGAGAGUGAGGAAGGCUGAGGAGGAAGAAAGAGUGAGGAAGGCUGAGGAGGAAGAAAGAGUGAGGAAGGCUGAGGAGGAAGAAAGAGUGAAAAAGGCUGAGGAGGAAGAGAGAGUGAGGAAGGAAAUGGAGGUAAAAAGAACCAAGGAAGAGGAGCAAAUUAAGAGAGGAGAAGCAGAUGGGCUGAGAAAGUUGGAAGAGGAGAGGAAGAUCAGGGACGAGGAAAGGCUAAGGAGGGAGGAGGUGAGGAGAAUGGAAGAAGAGCAGAGGAGGAAAGAGGAGGAAAAGAGGUUGGAAGAGAGAAAAAAUCUUGAUGAAGAAAACAAAGAGGAGAAAAGGAGAGAUGAGGAGCAGAGAAGGGCGUUGAUGGAGACAAAAGAGAGGUUUAGGGUGGAGGAAGAGUUUAGGAGACAGGACGAGAGGAUGCGAGAAGAGGAGGAAAAGAGAAAUGCACAGAUUAAGGGAGAGGUACGGUUGGAGGAAGUUGAGAAACAGAUGGAGCAGAAAAGCGAGACAACGGCCACACUGAGCAAUAAUCCAUUUGAGGAAGUCUCCCCUUCUCCAUUUGGUGACACCAUUUCAAAUAACCCGUUUGAGGAGACGCCUACUACCUCUCCUAUUGGUCCCAUCAGCUGCCGAACCAAUAAAGUAUCAGCAGUCAAACCAAGACCUUCAUUGGGGAGCCCUCCCCUGCCUUGUGCGUCUUCCAACUACUUCUCGUUGUCCUCAUCUAUGGAAUACCCCAGAGGCAGUGGAGAAAGCAGAGGGGCCCAGGACCUGUCUACUGACCUCGUAAAGAAGAAAGACAACGCCCCCAUGCCAACCAACAACCAACGCUUGGCCCUUAACGACAACUGGGAUAGUGAGGCCAACUGCCAUUCUGCCUCACCUAACCAAUCCAAAACGAAACCAAUGAAACCGCCACCUCCACCAAGACGUCACUUUUCUACGUCCCAGUUGGGAAGGAUGGAUGACCAGCAAAGUGUUAUUGGUCAGGACCAUUCUGGUGUCAGACAGGACAAGGGUCCUGCUGCACCAACGCCAGACAGUAAGGGCUGGGCUCAUCAGGACAACUGUCAUUCUGUCCCUCCUACCCACACUCAACCAAAGCUGACAAAACCUCCUCCUCCAAGACCUAAUUCUCCCACACCCUUGGUGGGAAGCAGAGAUGACCAGCACCUUACGAAGAGUGUUAGUAAGGAAGAUUUCGGUAUCAGGAGAGUUCGGCAUCCGGCUCCACUGCCUCCCGACAGACGGAGCCAGACCCCAAGCCAGACCCAGAUCAACCAGAGUAUGACCACAGCAAGUCUUGGACAUGAGGAAAGAGUAGAAGCCUCAGUAUCCAAGGUCUCCCAGUGUGUGGUACCCAUGGUGACACCACUGAGAUCAUCUUCAACAGAUACAACGGAAAAACACACCAGCGGAGGCCAAAGCUCUACCCACGGUGGGAACCAAGCAGAGGAACCCAUGCCAUCCGCCACUUGGGGAUUGAUGAUGGCCAAACACAAUAAAGGUCCAGCUCCUUCGAGGCCCAGGAACCUUCCAGGGAAGACGGCCCCAAAAGCUGACAUAGAAAAGCAUACAAACAUUGAGGAACAUGACUGUUCAGUUGAGUUUGAUGCAAAUAAUCCCUUUGCGGAAGACUGCAGGAUGGAACGAUCUCCUGGACGUGGUGGAGAACAGGCUGGUAAGAGCCAGGAGAGCCUGGAGUCUGUCAGUAAUCGGGAUUGUCCCUCAGUCUGUGCAGAUCCAGGUCCAUUGCAGCCGAAUGUUGUUGGGGACAUGGUGGAGGUUCCAACACCAGAGGUUGUGCCAGCUGAAGACGGCUCAAGUCCUGCCAAAAGCACAUCGGCAAAGCAGGUCCGUGCUCCCUUGCCGCCAGUGAAGAAAGCAUUCGCCUCCAGACAGGAAGGUACUGAAGAAAAGAGCAGUGUAAAACCACGAAGCACCAGGGCUUCCACUUCUAGCGAGCUUUCCUCUGGUAUCUUGGUAAAAACGCAGAAUCGCGGUGUGGGUGUGGCACACCCAUGUGUUAUCGUUGCCCCGGCUCCAAGUGCCCCAUCACCAGCCCCCUCACCCGUCAUCUCUUCCCCGGCCCACUCUGAGCCCCAAAAGGCAUCAGAGGCCAGGACAAACAGCCCUCCUCAGACAACAUCUGUCUCUGGCCAGGGGACCCUGCUACAAACUGGGCCUCUGCAAGAGGCAGGAGGGAUAGUGGCAAAGACUGCCUCAAGCACACACAGGCCACAUCCAGUAAAGCCCUUGAACUCUGUGGAAAACCAGCUGAUCUCCAACAACCAGGAGGCGCAGGCUGGGAAAAGUACUGGAAUCCUUGGUGGCCUUCAAGAGAAGAUAAAAUUAAAAGACACAGGGGUCAAAGGUCCGUACUCCCAGCUAACUCAGGAGGAGCUAAUCUCUCUGGUGGUGAAGCAGCAGGAGCAGCUCUCCAACAGGGACAACAAGAUCAAGGAGCUGGAGCAAUACAUCGACAAUCUACUGGUGCGCAUCAUUGAGGAGCAUCCCAGUAUCCUGAUGUCAUGAACUCACACAAAUGAGACAUCUAAAUAUGUGUGUGUGUGUAUAAAUAUGUGUAUAAAUAUAUAUACAGCUCUGGAAAAAAUGUAAAGACAACUGCA